AUGAAAUGGGAAGUACGAGCAGAAUCUAAUAAAGGGGAGAGAGAGAGAGAGAGAGAGAGAGAGAGAAUGGAGACGGAAGAAGAAGUAGCAAAAGUGUCGUCAAUACUGAUAUACCCAAUCAAAUCGUGUCGCGGGAUUUCUCUUCCUCAAGCUCCUCUUACUCCUACUGGAUUUAGAUGGGACCGGCAAUGGUUAGUGGUGAACAGCAAAGGGAGAGCUUAUACCCAGAGAGUAGAACCAAAGCUCGCUCUUGUUCAAGUUGAGAUGCCCAAAGAAGCUCUUGUUCAGCCUUUUUGGGAGCCAACUCAAUCCUCCUUCCUAGAGAUAAAAGCACCCGGAAUGGAUGUGCUCAAGGUUUCCCUGAGUGGGCCGCGGGAAGUGGCUGAUGGUGUAUCUGUCUGGGAAUGGUCUGGCUCUGCCCUCGACGAGGGACAUGAAGCCUCAACUUGGUUUUCCACUUUUCUCGGAAAACCCUCUCGCCUCGUCCGCUUUAAUGCUGCUUCAGAAACAAGGCCUGUGGAUCCUACGUAUGCUGCUGGCCACAAAGUCAUGUUUUCUGACCUGUAUCCAUUUAUGCUACUAUCUCAGGGGUCAAUGGAUGCAUUGAAUGAGGUUUUGAAGGAACCGAUACCAGUUAACCGGUUUCGACCCAACAUUGUGGUUGAUGGUUGCGAACCAUUUUCAGAGGACGUAUGGACAGAGAUCAAAAUAAAAGAUUUCACAUUUGAAGGUGUCAGGCUGUGCUCCCGCUGUAAGAUUCCUACAAUCAACCAAGAGACUGGCAUUGCAGGACCCGAGCCAAAUGCAACUCUCAAGGCAAUCCGGUCAGAUAAAGUCUUGCGUCCUACUCAAAAACAGCAAGGAAAGAUUUACUUUGGGCAGAACAUGGUGUGGAAGGACCGUGUUGCCGAUGGGAAGGGAAAGAUGAUGAAAGUAAAAGAUCCUGUUUAUGUCAUUAAGAAGGUCUCCAGUGCUGCUGAAGCAGUUGCUUGAACUUUCUAGGAUACAACUGUGUUAUUAUAUCUCUGUGGUAUCCACAGUUAAUAAAUAAAACGAGAGAGAGAGAGAGAGAGCCAGUCAUGUGUGUGUGUACAUGUACUAUGAACAAGAAAACAAGAUAUUAUAGAGUUGGUGAUGGGCAUUCUAUUGUAGUAUGAAUAAGAAGAGAAAAGCUACUUCUCUGUUGCUUCUUGAUCAAA